AUGUCGGCAGGAAUGGAGCUCGAUAAAUUGUUGAAUUUAGCGCUUGGAACGCCCGAAAUAGGAGCUGUAAACUUUAAUGCUUUACAUGGCGUGCUGUCUGAGAUUAUUAAGACAUUAGGGGUCGGGAGUAAGCUCGUAGAAGUUCGAAAUAAUGGCGACUUCAGUGGUUCAUAUGGCACGAAUAGUGUGCCUGUAGCAGGGAAAGGUUUUGAUAGUAAACGACAAGCGUUUAAUGCGAAGACUCCUCUUUCACAAGGUUUAAAUGGACUGAAUUUAGAAGCUAAAGUUACCAAUUUGGAAAAUAAAUUAAAAGCUUUAGAUGAUUUACCAAAUAAUGCUGAUAUUGUUAAGAGAAUUCGCGAGAGAGAUACCAAAACAGCAGUUGGUGAUAUUUGGCAGUUUAUUAAUAUAAAUAGAAGAUUAUCAGCGACGGAAGAUGCUAUUGAGAAGGUAGGAUAUAGCAAAGAAAUAGGUAGCUAAAAUGUCUAAUAUUUCAUCAGCUGUCACGUAUUGUUAUAGACUUUUUGCAGUCAAUUUGCUGUCACCGUGACAUCGGACUCUUGUCUGGGGUUAUUUUUAGAUUGGGGGGGGGGGGGUGUUAGGAUAAGUAGUAGCUACCCUGCCUUGAAUUGAUGUGCGUGACAACUUGUGGUUGGCUCGACCUCUCCUGUGCUUUGAACUGUUUUUGUUUGUCCCCCCCCCAUGAAAAAGCACCACUUGCACAGACAUGAUCAGACAUGGUUUGUAUGGUGACAACCAGAAGUGCUAUAGUAUUUACCUCUCUGAUCUGUUUAUAGCUGUCUGGACUGUUGGAACAUGCUAUUUCUGAACUUGGUGGUAUGAAAGAUUUAGAAAGGGAUUUGUCAGAGUUAAAGAAAUCGGUGACACAAGUAAGUUGAGCUAUAUCAGAUGAUAAUACUAUGGUUCUGUAAACCCUCUUCUAGGCCAAAUUAUUAUGUUCUGGUUUAAUGAUCUACUCAUAUUGUUGUCUAGAUACAAGAAGAAAACAAACAACUGAAACAAAGGCUGGAAACAGUUGAGGAUUCAGGUAUGCUCAGUCAGUUGUAUUAAAUAAGUUCUCCCUAGAGAUCCAUACUUAUUAGUCGAGCAUGACCAUAGUGAAACUGGAUGAAUGCUUCUCAAAUGUGAAUGAGGUGAAGUUAGAUUCAGACACCAGCAUAUUGCAGGAAUUGAACCAUGGUUAUAAUAUCCAUCACACACUAACCGACAACAUUUUCCCAAUCUACUUUUAGACCGUAAUGAAGAUAUAAAAAAGUUAAAAAUUCUACAGGAAGAUGUUGUAAGUUAAUUAACUUAUGUUUGAGAUUUUUAAUGUUUAGCCUGUGUGCAGUUUCGUAAUGUUAAACAAUGGAAGGAGAUGUUCUGAUAGAUAAUGAAACAAGCAUUUGAUGUUUAUUAUUGGAUUAUAUUCUCACAACAGCAAACUAUAAUUUUAGGAAAAUCUACACAGCAAAGUUGAAUCUUUACCCACAAAGAAAGAUUUUGAUGUGUGUAUGAAAUGGCCUCAAUUUGAAUCUGCAUUGAAAUCUGGCAGUUCUAAUGUUGACUCAAAUAAAGCUAUAUCAAGGGAGGAGGUCCCGAGUGUUGGUGUGUUAGACACCAUCAAACAGCUUGGUAGCAUAGCAGAUGGACAUGAAACCGUACUGAACAGUAUUGAAGGACUGCAGGUAAUCAUCUGAUUCUUUGACUAACUAGAUGGCUGACUGACUCACCAUUUGUCACCAACUGACUGUUAAAAACAUUGAGAGGGCUUGAACUGCCUGAAAAAUACAUUGUCAAGUAACUUUUGAUGUUUCAAGUGAAGGACCACAAACUUCCCGAUGAAGUUUUAAUCAGGGCCGCCAAGAGCUUUUCGGGGGCCUGGGGCAAAAUAUGGGGGCCAAUUUCUUGGCCAGAGCCAGCGGGUCUGGGCAAUUUGCCUCCCCCCCCCCCCUCGACAGCCCUGUUUUUAAUUGUAUUUUCCAGGUAUCAACUGACUGUUAUCAUAUUUUCUCAGGAAACAAUGCCAACCAAAGCUGACAAGGAAGAUUUAGAAGAAUUAAGAAAAAAGACUCAAGGUAAGUCUAAGUUUUACUUGUUUGUUUAUUAUGUUUGACCACAUAUCUACUGUGUUGUCAGAACUAAUAAUUACUUUACAUCCAGAACUUCCUGAUGAUCUCAUAAGACAACUGAAUGAAUUAAAUACCAAAAUGAAAAACAUGAUCAAUUGGAAAGAUGAGAUGAUCAAUAAGGUAGAUGAUAUUGAUUGUAUUGUGUCUGUAAUGCUGAAACAAUAAAAGCAUACACAUUAUACAUUAAUAUUAACUUAAACUCAUGUUAACAUAAUACUUUGAACCAGCAUAGAGAAAUUAAAACGACAUAUAAUUAUAUAAAACUAAUUUUAUCUAACUUAAGUAUAUAACUAAAUCUUAAAUUGUUGAUAAAUUUUAACAAAAGUAAAGACAAACUAAUCAUAGUUACUAACUAUCACUAACAUUAAACUUAAAGCUUAAAAACAAGAAUGGCAUUCUACCUCCUAUUGAUGGCAGGGGACGUCAGGUAUUUUAUUUAAAACAAUAUCUAGUAAAAUCUUACAUUACUCUUUGACAUAAACAAGCAAGCGUACAAAGAACUAAAUUAAGAAACAUUUCUAAACAUAGAGAAUAACAUCUAAUUUUAACAAAUUAAACUACAGAAGUUAAAUUUCGCGUUUCCUUUUUGCGUUCCGCAGUUCAGAGCGCAAGUUAUGUAUGAAGUUGCAUUACUCAGGUUGUUGUCUGUUUCUGCAGUGAGAAAUUGAGAUCUAAAUAACAGCAAAUACAGUACGAUAAUCUAUAUUUUUGUUGUGUAUAGAGCAAUGAAGAUUUAAAUGAGAUUGAGCAGAGUAUGAGAGAGUUUCGUGAGAAUCUUCAAAAAUUAAACAUUUCCACGCGAAACCUAAUUGAAGACGGAGACAAGAAACAGAAACAUAUUGAUGUGAGUUGAUUUUCUUUUACACGUUUCAAUUACUCGACUGUUACUGCGACAGAUGCUUGUGAUGCGUCUCCAGGGACGAGCUUAGUCAGAUGAUGAUUCUUGACGAAAGUUUUGUGUAUUAUUAUUUUGUAGAAACUGCACUCCGUCACAGAGGUUCUGGACCAAACGAAAGCUGAUAAAGAUUCUGUUGGCAUGGAAAUGGACACUGUAAGUUGUUCGGACUGUAGAAACUGAUCUUUCCCAGAUAAAGUACUUCUGUGUUUACCGUCACCAGAGGACAAAGAUCUUAUUAAAAACCUUUUUUCUCUUUGGUAGAAAGCUGACAAGUUGGCGUUGGAUAACAUGAUUAGCAGGUUAAAGUUUGAUGCGAGUUUUGGAACCCUGGAACAUUCAGUACAGGAUAUCUUGAACAGACUCGCUGGACAGGUUAGCUACAUCACUUCAGUUGUUGCUUGUAUGUUGUCUUGGUGACAGGUCCAUGGCUUCCAAUUUUUCCAUGCUUGUCCAUCAUUAAAUAUCUUAUAUGGCUGAUGUCAACAGGUUCUCGGAAUGUCUUAUACAGAUUAUGGGCAAUUCACAUCUUUUGCUGUUCAAUUAUUAUUUGCAGUUAAAUAAAAUUAAAUCCAUUUGUGUUAUAGGAAGCUGCCUUACAAGAAGCAGUAUCUAAACUGAAUAACGAAGUUGAUGAAAAAAUGGACCGCAUGGAAAUGGAUCCUUUGAAAGAUUAUAUCAGUAAGACUUUGUUUCUCUUUGUUCUUCAAUGGCCGUGGUGGAACUAUCAAAUCUAUCGAUUCUCAUCGUUGUAUGUUGCGAUACUAAUGAUCUUUAUCGUUACAGACAAACGCAUCAAAGCCAACAAAUGCAAACAUGUUGACUUGCCAGUAACUGACGACUCUGCCGCUGGAAUGACCAAGUAAUUGUCAAAUUAUAAUUCUAAAUAAAUAUAUUAUGCUUGAAUUUUUGUGAGCUGUGCGUAUGUGUGAUUUAGUUAUUUUUUAAUGUAAUGAUUGUCGUGUAUCUACCUUGCUCGGUAUGGUCUCGAAUUAGUUACUUUUGUUUAAAUUUAGACCAGCAAUAAAGUUCCACUGUAUAUCAUGCGCCAAACCUAUUGAUGUCCAGCCGGGAAUGUGAGUUGAACAUUUAGUAAAACAUUAUUUUAUUCAUGUUGUAUUUAUCGUGUCCAUUGCUCAUAAAAAACUCCUUCUUUCUUUUCCUAGGAAUGCCAUUCCAUUGCCCCAGUAUCCCGCAUUUCCUCCAUCCAAGUCAUCACGUCCUUACGCCCCUUAUGAGCUGGAGCAGAUGAGGCAGCACGCGAGAGGGUAAGUGAGUUUGUGGAGGUGUGCUAAACAUCCAUACUGACAGCUGAGCUUAAGGACACAGUCCAAUGCAACAUUCUGACAACUGGAUCGUGAUUAUUGUUAUACUGCAUGUUAUGCAAAGACCCACAGAACAAUUAUUUGGUUCAAUUUUUAGGAAUUACGAUGGUGCAGAUCACAUGUCAACACGACCUUGUGGAGGACAGCAUACGAUGACGUACUCGGCAAGAAGAGUGAAUAAAAACGUGAAGUAAGAACAACUUUUUAUCAUCAAUUGUAUCUUUUUACUUCUGAUAUUGAUUAUUUGAUAUAUUUCUUUUCUAGUUAUUAUUACAGAGAAGAUGAGGGCGUCAUAAUAUCACUGAAGUACGUUCUUCCUUAUCUUUGAAUUUCAUUCCUGAUCGAUAUUCUUCGUGAUUGCCUUCGUGUAUUUUACUUUUUUAACUCGAAAUUUAAGCGUCAUAGUGAUACAGAAAUUCUGUUCUACGUAUAUUCGGCAGACUAAAAAUACUUCAACCCUUCGUAGGGUUUUUGACUUUGUGAUGUUGACGUUCUUUUUCUCCGCAUAGGAAUGAGUCCCCAGUCCAGGGCCAUGAUGGUCAGUUGUAUAAAGGACGAGAAUACAGUGAACAAUUUCCCACACUACAGGUAAGGGUGAUUUUGAUGGUCUAAGCCCAAGGACGGAGAUAAAACUACUACAUAUAAUGAAAAACAUUCAUUCUGAUAACUGCAGGUUGACUGUCUGUGGCUGCAUAUGAUAGUACUCAGUGCAAUAUCAAUAUUUUCUCAUGUUUCUUAUUUUUUAGCAGUCUCAGACAUCACCACAGAGUCCACCAAAGCCACCUGCUGGUCCUUCCAAUCCACAAACAUCCCCUAGACCUCACACCCCAGUGAGGGCUCGUUCUGCUGUGAUUAGAUAA